UGUCUCACCACCUCUCACUUGGUUUGUGAUUCCUUGGUUUUUACUCAUCUUGCCAGUUAGGAAGAGAUACUAUCAGAUCACAGCGAACCCUUUAAGCCAGAGCUGUGCCACAACACAUGCAAUCAGCAAUAGCAGCAUUAAUUUGGCUUGUAAACACACAAGUUUACACACACACACAUGCUUCUGAGCCUGUGAGAGUCUUAAACUUCUACCUCUUGAAACCCUGACGUUGGGGGGGAGAUCAUGAACACCCAGUCUGCCAAGACAGAAACAACCCCCUAUGGCUGCGCUACUACACCAGGAGACAGUGAGGACAGUGAUGAUGAGUCGAGUCCAGAGGACCAGAUUUCAGUGUCCUGGGAAGAUCUUCCUAUAAUGGAGAGACUUGGACUGACCAGUGGUGCAGGGAUGACUGAAGAAGAGGUUGAGAGUGCAUUCACCCAGCUGGCACUGGCCUUCAACUGUGACCAGUACACUCUGAACCAGAGACUGCAGGCUGAGGAGCAUGAGCGCACAGUCGCCCAGGAGAACCUUCGGAUGGAGGUGGAAAACAGCACAAAAACACUGCAGACUCUGCGAGGGAGGUGUAGGAGCAGCGAGUGGACAGACAUACUGGGUCAGAUGGAGGCCAGUCUGAAUACAGUGCUGGCAAGGAUGGAUGACAUCAUCAGUGCUGCAGAGACACUGGGGGCUGUGCAUCAGGAGGUGCGAGCCAGUUGCUCAGUGGAGCUGAUGCAGAUCCAUAUGGAGCACCUAAAGCAGCGUCACAUCACAGAGAGCGCCGAGCUGCUGGCAACUAGGAAGCUGUUUCACCGCAACAGAGGCAGGAUACACAGCGACUCAGAAGACCCUGAUGUGAGAAGCCUGUUUGUCAGACAAGGCUCCCAACAGCAUCUCAUAAGGAGAAGAGUCAGCAUGACACUCAUCCCAACACAGACCCAGCUCAUUGACCUGGAGGCUAAGUUUCGAGAGGGCUGCCAAGCAAAUGAUGACAACAGCAGUCAAGAACCAGAGGAGGGCGCUGUAACACAGGACACCAGGCAGGAGGUGGAUUCAUGCCCAUCAGGCAGCAGCCCCAUCCCCAGACUGAGCUUCACACCAAGCUGCCAGAGUCAGGAAGAUGACGAGGAAGCUGUCUGCCAGCCAAGUCCUCUUCAGGCUAUGUUCCGCCGCAGACGUCGGUCAGCCAUUAUCGAACAGGAAGGAAGCACAGAGGAAUCAGUGGACCAGGAGUUACCACCAGAGUAUGAGGUCACACCAGAGACAGACACCGAUGACCCUGAACUGCCAGAAUUAUCAGAGGAAUCCCCGUCUCCUUGGCAGCCCUAUCUUCGUGGUGCCCUGGUGCUGCUCAUCUUCCUCCUAUGUUUCCUGCUGCUGCCUGGGCUCCUGCUCACUGGACUGAAAUCCACACGCCACCCCUGGACUGGCACCACAGCCACCUGAACACCUCACAGAUCACUUUCAAAUGCUCUGGGUUCAAGAGCAGUUCCACAUAUAAGACCUGCAAACAUGAUCAUGCAAGCUCACACCAAAGACCCCUACAUGAGGUUUAUAUGUACAGCAGGGAAGUCAGGUUGGGCUCAUUUAAUUUGGCAGGAGUUGGAUGUUAUUCCUGCCUGCCUUGUAAAGUUAUUGCUUGCUUGCUUCCAACACUUGAUGUUUUUUUUGUGUGUGUGUGUGUGUGUGUAUAGUAAAAAGAGA